AGAAUGGAAUCGACAAUGCAACGUUACAUUUCACCCAUAAACCCAGCUGUCUUUCCUCACCUUGCAACUGUUUUACUUAUCAUUGGAACAUUUUUCACCGCUUGGUUCUUCAUCUUUGUUGUUUCACGGCCCAAGAAUGCCAAAAACGAGAAGACCCUAUUCAAAGAAUUGGCCAUUAGUUUAUGCGGUUCAGUAUUUUUGGGAUUCGGAAUAAUGUUUUUGAUGUUAGCAGUCGGCAUUUAUAUAUGAAUCAUAUUUCAGUA